AUGACUUUGUGGUCGAAUCAUGACGGCUAUGUGUCGUAUUUCCGUCCAGAAACUGAAAUCCAACAAACUACUAUUGCUGAGUCCGCUUCUAUAGCCGCAUUUUUUGGCGCAAUAAUUGCUGGUCAUUUGUCUGACCAUUUUGGCCGGCGAGCCCAGCUGAUGAUUGCCGCAGUCGUAUGGACCAUUGGCAGCGCCUUGCAAUGCAGCGCGCAGAGUAUCGCUCACUUGAUUGUUGGACGAGUAGUUGGCGGACUCGCAGCUGGAAUGACCUCCCAAGGCACAGUCUACCUCGCUGAGCUCGCGCCUAGAGACAUCCGCGGGCGCAUUGUGGGCUUCCAACAAUGGACCAUUAGCCUUGGCAUCUUCGCUACAUACCUGAUCGCCUAUGCGUGCACAUAUCACACAUGGGGCUUCCGCCUCAGCUGGGGGCUGCAGGGUAUCCCCGGGCUUAUCCUUCUGGUCUCUCUUCUGUUCUUCCCCGAGUCUCCGCGCUGGCUUGCCGUGCAGGGCCGCUGGACCGAGUGCGAGGAAACUCUAGCCGCGCUCUACGGCCAUGGAGGAUAUAGCAGCCAGACGGCCUCAGAGGAGAUUUCCCGGCUCAAAGAAACGGUUGAUAUUACACGCGACGCCAAACAAACACAUUUCUUUGACCUUUUCCGUCGCUGCCAUCUGCGGCACACGGUGUGUGGGAUAAGCGUGCAGAUGGGACAGAGACUACUAGGACCAGACAUCGCGAUGUACUACAUUCCUUCCUGGCUUAUGAUGGCCGGCCAAGCCGGAGACACGAGCCUGAUCGCCACCAGCAUCACAAGCUCCUUAUACCUCUUCUUCAUCGGGGCCACGCUCAUAAUAGUCGACCUUGUAAACCGCCGCUAUCUCCUCAUUGCCGGGGCGGCCAUUUGCAUGGGCGCACAGUAUGCCCUUGCGGGAGUGAUGGCUAGCCAUGGAUCCGUCGCGUCGCUGCUGCCAAGUUGUGUUUGGGUUGUCCCGGGGUCCAACGCCAGGGUCCUGAUUUCACUGGCAUGUGUCUUUACGGCCAUCUACUCCAUGACCUGGGCCCCAUUAUCGUGGAUCUACUGCGCCGAGAUCUUCCCCCUCCGCCAGCGGGCCAAGGGCGUCGCCUUGUCGACAGCCAUGAAUGAGAUUGUCAAGAUCAUAUUAGGGUUCACCAUGGAUGUGGGUUUCGAGAAUUUGCAGUGGGGGAUGUAUGUACUGUUUGGCGUGUUUGGCACGAUGCUCGUUGGUUUGGUAUACUUUCUAUUUCCGGAUACCCGACGUAGGGCCCUGGAGGACAUUUUAUUUGCGUAUCGCUGA